CCAACUCUCUCUCCCUCUCUAGAAUCUCGACCCAGUGACCCACCAUCCCUCUUUCUCUUUGACCAUAGCACCUCCUCAGCACUCUCGGCAGCACCUCCAUGGCCGAAACCCCAAAGAGAUCGAUCCAAUCCAUCUCAAGACCCAAACAAUCCCCUCAACAGAAUCACAAACCCCUAAAGUGUCCCCCAACAACUCCAUUUCCUCCAACUCCCCAAACCCUAGCCCCUUCUCGCCGCUCUUCCCGCCUCAUUUCCUCCCCGGAAGAGCCUCUGCCGUCACUUCCUCCUCGCUCAUCGUCACGCCGGGUAUCACUAGACUUCUCUCCCAAAACCCCCCAAAAUUCAAUCAAACAAAACCCUAAUUCUGCCAAAAAUGUCAAAAAAUCGAAGCGUAAAGAGGGAACUGAUACAAUUGAUGCAUCAUUAUCGCCAGUGUCACCGGAUCGAUAUGAAUCACAGAAGAGGAGGAAAUUCGGUGAAUCAAGUGUGGGUACAAACAAGAAUAAGGUUUUAAAGGAUGGGAAAAUUGAGGGGAAGAAGAGGAAUCGUGCGGUGCAGAAGAGGCGGGUGUAUUACAAGAAGGUUGUGUAUGAUGGAGGCGAGUUUGCAGUGGGGGACGAUGUGUAUGUGAAGAGGAGAGAGGAUGCGAGCUCCGAUGAGGAGGACCCUGAAAUUGAGGAGUGUCGGGUUUGUUAUAGAGCUGGGAGGGCUGUGAUGAUUGAAUGUGAUGAUUGUUUAGGUGGGUUUCAUUUGAAGUGCUUGAAACCUCCAUUGAAGGAAGUCCCAGAAGGGAAUUGGAUUUGUGGGUUCUGUGAGGCACGGAAACUGGGCUCCGAGGUUAAGCUGCCCACCCUGCCGAGGGGGAAGAAACUGGUCAGGACAGCCAGAGAGAAGCUUCUUUCAAGUGAUUUGUGGGCAGCCCAUAUUGAAAGUGUAUGGAAAGAGGUGGAUGGAAGCUAUUGGUUUCGGGGACGAUGGUAUAUAAUUCCUGAAGAAACUGCUGCUGGAAGACAGCCACAUAAUUUGAAGAGGGAGCUCUAUCAGACCAAUGAUUUUGCUGACAUUGAGAUGGAAUCUAUCCUUAGGCAUUGCUACAUUAUGAACCCUAAAGAAUUUGACAAGGCCAAAAAUGAAGGUGAUGAUGUUUUUCUAUGUGAAUAUGAGUAUGACAUACAAUGGCAUAGUUUCAAGCGUCUUGCAGAGAUUGAUAACAAUGAAGAGGACGGUGAAGAAGCUGACAGUGAUGAAGAUUGGAAAUCUUGCGGGGUUUUAGACUCUGACACAGAAGAAGACAUGGAAUAUGAAAAGGAAAACAGAAAAAAGUUAAUUGCUGGACCAUCCCUGGCUCAUGUGUUGGCUGCAAACUCACGAAAGGGGCGAUUCUUUGGACUUCAGAAAAUAGGGGCGAAGAAAAUCCCAGCCCAUGUGAGAUGUCACAAGCAGACUGAACUUGAAAGAGCAAAAGCAACACUUUUGUUGGCAACUGUGCCCAAAUCUCUGCCUUGUAGGAAUAAAGAAAUGGAAGAGAUAACUGCAUUUAUAAAAGGUGCCAUCUGUGAUGAUCAAUGUCUGGGGCGUUGCCUGUACAUUCAUGGUGUUCCAGGAACUGGCAAGACAAUGAGUGUACUUGCAGUAAUGAGGCAUCUAAGGUCUGAAGUUGAUGCAGGAAGUAUAAAGCCUUACUGUUUUGUGGAGAUUAAUGGUCUAAAAUUAGCAUCACCAGAGAAUAUUUACAGGGUUAUUUAUGAAGCACUAAGUGGACACCGGGUUAGUUGGAAAAAGGCUCUCCAUCUGCUGAAUGAGAGAUUUUCAACUGGAAGCAAAAGUGGCAAAGAAGACAACCGGCCAUGUAUUCUACUCAUUGACGAGCUUGAUCUUCUUGUGACCAGAAAUCAAUCGGUUCUGUAUAAUAUUCUUGACUGGCCCACUAAGCCAAAUUCCAAAUUGGUUGUGAUAGGAAUAGCAAAUACCAUGGAUCUUCCAGAGAAGUUGCUUCCGCGUAUUUCAAGCCGUAUGGGUAUUCAAAGGCUUUGUUUUGGCCCGUAUAACUAUCAGCAGCUUCAAGAAAUUAUCUCAACACGCCUUAAAGGAAUUGAUGCCUUCGAAAAGCAAGCUAUAGAAUUUGCUUCCAGAAAGGUAGCAGCUGUUUCAGGAGAUGCACGUCGUGCACUGGAGAUAUGUAGGCGUGCAGCAGAAAUCACAGAUUACCGUAUUAAAACGUCAGCCUCACUUCCCAAUUCUGAUCCUACAGGAAAAUCCCUUGUUGGUAUGGCAGAGGUUGAAGCAGCCAUUCAGGAGAUGUUCCAGGCUCCUCAUAUUCAAGUAAUGAGGAGUUGCUCCAAACUGAGUAAGAUCUUCUUGGCGGCUAUGGUGCACGAGCUUUAUAAAACAGGAAUGGGUGAAACCACCUUCGAAAAGUUGGCGAUGACUAUUUCAUGUCUCUGUACGAGCAAUAAAGAAGCUUUUCCUGGAUGGGAUACACUCUUGAAAAUUGGCUGUAAGCUUGGUGAAUGCAGAAUCAUUCUAUGUGAAUCAGGAGCAAGGCACAGAUUGCAAAAGUUGCAACUCAACUUCCCAAGUGAUGAUGUGGCUUUUGCACUGAAAGACAGCAAGGAGCUACCUUGGUUAGCUAAGUAUUUGUGAGUCAACAUUCAUGGAAACAACAUGCAAUACUUCAUCCAUGGCAAUUGAUUCUUAUUCUGAUCUUUUACCUUCACAAAUUCUACACUGUUCUUUGUGUUUGUUGAAUUUUCAACUUGAGCAACACUGUAUUCUUAUUUGAGGCUUUUCAGUUUUACUUAUUGGAGAAUAAUGCUAUCGAGACUAAAUUGAAGCAUUUUUGUUUUGGUAAAUUAUAUUGGAUUAUCAAUCGUUGACUAAAUUUAUACAAGUUCUUUAUUUUUUUGGCUUCA